AUGCUGUCGCGAAUAGUCCCGCGCCGCGUGCCGGCGUCAACGGCCUCGCUGCGCCAGUGCUCCAGACCCAGUGCGGCAUCAUCGUCAACAUCACGGACGACGUCGUGGUCCUCUCGCGGGCCGGCGCAGAGGCGGUGGAACACGCCCGCCCCGAGGCCCGGCGAGGGGCCGCUCAUGUCCCGCCGCGCCGACCGCGAGCUGCCAGGUCAGACCCGCUUCCGGUGGUCGCGCUCCCUCCCGCUCUUCCUCGCCGUCGUCGCCGUCUCGGGCCUCGCCAUCUUCAACUACCAAAAGACGUCGUCGCCCAUCGUCUCGUCGACGCUCUACGCCCUGCGCACCUCGCCCCGCGCCCGCGCCCUCCUCGGCGACGACAUCUACUUCAAGCAGCCCAUCCCCUGGAUCCGCGGCGAGAUGAACCAGCUCCAGGGCCGCAUCGACAUCUACUUCUCCGUCCGCGGCUCCCGCGGCGCCGGCGUCAUGCGCUUCGCAAGCUACAGGCCCUCGAGCCGCUCCCUCUUCGAGACCACGGAGUGGAGCCUCAAGAUGGACGACGGCGGCGACUGGGUCGACUUGCUCGAGGAUGGGGAUCCGUUUAGGAGCCUGCUCAAUGAUGAUGCACCGCCGGUGGUGCGGCCGGUGGUGGAGGAGCCGGCGGAUCUCAAUGCUACGAGGGGCUUUAGGCAGCAGGGUGCGCUGAACAAGUAG